AUCAUGGACUCCCUUCAUCAUGUGCACAUCAAACUUCUGGCUGCCGACCUUCUCACGCUGACUCCCCAACAUACAUCGCCUCCUUCCUUUGUUCGCUGUGGCCAUACAGUUGCUCGUGCCGAGGUUGUCGGGGUCGUUGUUUCACGUGACCGCAGGGAGAAGUUUCUGCGCUUCCUGGUUGAUGAUGGCAGCUGUGUGCCAUGUGUCCUGUGGCUGAACCACCAGUACCUGAAUGCAAACAGUUCAUCCGAUUCUGAUCCAACUGGAGAGAUGGCAUCGAAAAUGUCGGAGGUGGUACGCCUGGGCACCCUGUUGAGGGUUCGUGGGAGGAUUGUCAUGUACCGUGGUGCAAUUCAGAUUGCUGCUAGAGACGUGGUUCUAGAGGAGGACCCUAAUGUGGAGGUUCUACAUUGGUUACAGUGCAUUCACAUGGCCAAGGAAUGUUAUGAUUUGCCACUACCUUCUGCUUGAGGUGUGCCUUGGAGGAUCUCAUGCUCUGUAAUGAUCCCAAAUUGUACGGUGUUUCUUUCUGUGAUUACUGUUGAACCAACUUCUUCUAAUGCGAUCCAGCGUGUGUACGGCAAACAUUGUUAAUUAAAUGCCUUUUUUGGUCGACUGCA